AUGGCAAAUCGCAGAGCCUCUGAACGUCGUCCCUCAGACCGCAGGGCAUCUGGCCUCUCUUCUCGUAGACCUUCUAUCGACCCAUGGCGUCUGGUACCUAUGGAUAAGACUGUCCACAUUGGCGGCUCCGAUGACUUCAACGUCCUCUUCAUCGGUGCAGGAAACAUCAUGUUCGGUUCCGAUGAAGGUCCUUGGAAUCACUCUUUCCGAUUUGAACACAAGCUUGGCCGUCGUUUGAAAGUUGUCGCGCUCAUUGAUCCCGCCAUCGAACGCGCAACGGCGGUGUUGCAAAAGAAAUGUGACUCUUUCGUCGUGUCUGCUUAUCAAGACACCCGUGUGUUCAAGACAUUGGAGGACUUUGUCAAGAAUAUGGCGCCCAAGGAUCGACCCCGUGCGGUCAUUGUUGGCAGUCCUCCUAUGUUUCGCGGUUCUCUGGCGCCAGGACGCGACAUAGAGAUGCAGAUUCUCAAAUUCUUCCCUGGUGUGGCCAUGUUUAUUGAGAAGCCCAUUGCGACUGGUCCCAAGAGCGAAAUUCAAGACGCGUUCACCAUCGCGAAAACAAUUCAAGACUCCAAGACCAUUUGCUCUGUCGGCUACAUGCUGCGCUACCUCAAAGCUACCCAGAUGAUGAAGCACAUUAUCGAUGAAAACAAUCUCACCGUCAUGGCCACGAUCGCGCGUUACGCGUGUGCGUACGAAUCUAUUGCGAAGCCAGACUGGUGGGAUAAAUCCAAGAGUGCCGGUCCCAUCGUUGAACAAGGAACCCAUUUCUGUGAUCUUUCCCGUUACUUCGGAGGCGAAGUCGAUAUGUCCACAGUCAAUGCACAUUCACUUGAAUGGGACGAGAAUGCAGGCGCACUCAGCAAGAUGGCUGUUGAUGAAAGCAAGAUUGCACCCGAAAAUCGCAUUCCUCGUGUUACCUCAGCAACUUGGAAGUAUGAUAGUGGAGCCGUCGGAAGCUUCACUCAUGUGGUCUCUCUGCAAGGCACCAACUACAGCUGCGAACUUGAGGUCUACGCGGAUGGGUACAUGUUGAAGCUUGUCGACCCAUAUGUGCAGCCAACGCUAUAUAUCCGCAAACCAGGCGACGACAACGAGCAAAUGGUUAGGUUCCCUGAUGACGAUCCUUUCUUCUCAGAGGUUUCCAACUUGAUCGACAUUAUCGAGGACAUCGAGGAAGACCCAGAGGCGGCUCAGAUCUUGAGCUCGUAUGAAGACGCAGUCAGAACUUAUGAGCUCACUUGGGCCAUUCGGGAAGCGAGCGAACGCUCCCGUGAAGCAGCGAAGCUUAAGGCUGCUGCUGCAGCAUAA